AUGCCGCGAGGUUAUAGCCAAACUUUCUCCACUUCACAUUUGGAGACGGACUAUAAGAUCAACGUCACAGAAGAGAUCAUGACUUUGGCUAUCUACGUUGCGGCUGCGGCCGUGGUAACGUUCUUUGCAUACCGUUUGCUCUAUGGCACGGAUACUCCGCACAUCAAGGGACUGCCUGAAGUUAGAGGUCUGCCGUUGUUUGGCAGUCUGUACGAGCUUGGGGAAGACCAUGCGAAAGUAGCUCAGGGAUGGGUGAAGAAGUACGGACCAGUCUUCCAGGUUCGAAUGGGCAACAGGAGAAUCGUCUUUGCAAACACCUUCGACUCCGUCCGUCACUUUUGGAUCACGCACCAAUCCGCCCUGAUCUCGCGUCCGACCCUUCACACCUUCCACACCGUCGUCUCUUCGUCCCAAGGCUUCACCAUCGGAACUUCACCAUGGGAUGACUCCUGCAAGAACCGCCGCAAGGCCGCCGCAACCGCGCUCAACCGCCCUGCGGUCCAGUCCUACAUGCCGCACAUCGACCUCGAAUCCAUGGUCAGCAUUAAAGAACUGCUUUCCGACUCAAAGGGUGGGGAAAUCGACCUCGAUCCGCGCGCGUACUGGCAGCGGUAUGCGCUCAACACUUCACUCACACUGAAUUACGGUUACAGGAUUGAUGGCGACAAGGAUGACAAGUUGCUGCAUGAGAUCACCGAUGUGGAGCGCGGUGUGAGCAACUUCAGGAGCACGAGCAACAACUGGCAAGAUUACAUUCCGCUGCUGAGAAUCUUCCCGAAGAAAUCCAGCGAGGCGAUCACGUUCAGGGAGAGGAGGGAUGUGUACUUGGAGUACUUGCUCAAGGGGCUGAAGGAGCGCAUUGCCAACGGCACAGAUAAGCCAUGCAUCACUGGAAACAUUCUCAAAGACCCUGAAGCCAAGUUGAACGAUGCGGAAAUCGAUUCCAUCUGCCUAACCAUGGUCUCCGCCGGCCUCGACACCGUCCCUGGCAACCUCAUCAUGGGCAUCGCCUACCUCGCCUCCCCCGAAGGCCAAGCCAUCCAGCAACGCGCCUACGCCGAAAUCAAGAAAGUCUACCCCAACAACGACGCCUGGGAGCGCUGUCUGCACGAGGAGAAAAUCCCCUACGUCACCGCCCUCUACAAGGAGAUCCUCCGCUUCUGGACCGUCAUCCCCAUCUGCUUGCCGAGGGUUAGCAUCAAGGAUAUCCCCUGGAACGGCGUGGUCAUCCCUGCGGGUACUACUUUCUAUAUGAACGCGUAUGCUGCGGACUACGAUGAGACGCACUUUAAGAACGCGGAGAAGUUCGAUCCCGAGAGGUACUUGGAUGUGCCCGAUGGUGCGGGGACACCUCACUACGGUUACGGAGCUGGCAGCCGCAUGUGCGUCGGCUCGCAUCUUGCGAACCGCGAGCUUUACACUGCUUUUGUGCGGUUGAUUAGCGCUUUUGAAUUCACGCCGCCAAAGGAUCCGAGGGAUGCGCCGAUCCUCGACUGUCUGAAGGCGAAUGCGAUCCCCACGAGUUUGACGAUGGAGCCGAAGUACUUCAAGGUCGGGUUCAAGCCCAGGAAUAGGCCGCUGUUGGAGAAGUGGAUAAAGCAGAGUGAGGAGGCAACGAAGGAGUUGAUGUAG